UCUCUCUCCUCAGAAAUCAUUCUCUAACUUUGUCUUUCACUCACUCACUCUCUUUCUCUCUCCUCUUUAGAACUCACUGUCUUUCUCUUUCCUCAAGAUUCAUUCUCUUUUACUCUCUUUACCACCUUUCCUUACCUCCAUAUUCUCUUUCCUCUUGAUUAUGCGUUUUUUUUUUAAAUUUAUGUUUUGUUUUUGCUACUAGAUUUGUAGCAAUUAGAUUCAAAUUGGUAGAAUUUUUUGGUUUUAUAAUUAGAUUUUAAUCUGAUUUUUAUUUGAAUGAUUUUUGCUAGUUUAUUGUUGAAAACCAAGUGGAGAAAGUGAAAUAAGAGGCGAAAAAGAGGAAGAAGUCACUAACGGAAACGGAGAAAUCAAAGAGAAUUCAACAAUGGCGGCUUCAAUCAAUCAAUUAGGGUUUGUAAUUUUCGCUAUGAUUCUUGUUUCAUGUUCAAUCUCAGCAAUGGGGGAUUCAGAAUCAGCUUUUAUUGUAGCUCACAAGAAGACUACCCUUACAAACCUCAGCAAUGGCGUCGAACGUAUCUCCGUUUCUAUCGACCUCUACAAUUGUGGAUCUUUGAGCUUUGCUGCUGUUGGUGUUGAUCCUUCUAUUAUGGGGUUUGGCCCAGCUUUUGCCAUUCCUGCUGCUGUGAAAUCUGCCGGGCUAAAGCUUAAUGAUAUCAAUCUAUUUGAGAUAAAUGAGUAUGUUUACAGUUGUAAAAAGCUGAACCUCGAUCCAGCGAAAGUUAAUGUUAACGGGGGAGCAAUAGCCCUUGGACAUCCCUUGGGAGCUACAGGUGCCUGGUGUGUAGCUACUUUACUUAAUGAGAUGAAACGGCGAGGAAGAGAUUGUCAUUUUGGAGUCAUUUCCAUGUGCAUAGGAAAGCUAAGGUAAACACCAAAAUCUCACAACCAUGGCAGAAUCCAAUGUUGCAUCAGCUGUCCAGUGGAUUGGUUCUAUAUUGAUUCAAGAGGCCAAUAUAUUAUUCGAUGUUGCAGAUCAAGUACGGGGCCUUCAGCAAGAGAUUGAACUGAUGCAGCAAUAGCUUUGGCCUAAGAAGAAUCAAUGAAGCAGAAGGUUUGGACUAAGAAGAUCAUUGAAAAGUUAAAUAGCUUUGGACUAAGAAGAAUCAAUGUAGCAGAAGGUUUUUAGUUUUAAUUAUUUAGGCAAUAAUAAAUGUUUUUUUUUUGCUCAUUGUAUAAAUAUGAAGUACUAUUUUUAUCUCAAUUAAUUAAUAAAAUAAUUGUGCUAUAAGCUAGCUAAUCCAUCACAACAACA